AUGGCGUCGGCGAACGCUCUCUCGAUGGCUGCUGUCCUUCUCUUCACGCUGGCGGCCAACGGCAAGGUGGAGGACAAGUUCUGGGGUUUCCUUGACGACAUGGCGAGGGAGGGGAAGGAGAGGAGCGAUGCAACCACCGUGGCGGAGAUACUCCAGCACGGUGGCAGCAUACAAGUAGAGGAUUGUGGCAGCAGAGCAGACGUGAUGGACGUCACGAGCACGCAGUUCCGAUUGGACCGCCUCCAGGUUCGCGCGUACGGGAACCUCUCACACGGCAUCUCGGGGGGAAUUAUCAGCGUGAAGAUGUACAAAAGCUCAGCGGUUGAAGGAUCGUCGACAGGAGAUUGGAUGAAGCGCGAGCUCGCCUGGCACAGCAUCCCGCACAAGUACGAGGAGGACUUGUGCGAACAUUUCAGCAAGAGCCACAGCUCGCGUGGAUGCCCCCUCCCCUCCGGUAGCACUGAGCUCCGCUUUGCCGUCGACAAGCUUCCGCCGAUGGUUGUCGCGGGCGCCUACAAGUUGAAGAUAGCGGCCGUCGACGCUUUCGCCAAGCCGGUGGCUUGCGUGCGUGCGCAUGUGGAGAUCCCGCGCGGGAAGAGCGGCGAGGUCUUCCGCAGGGUCCAAGGGGUAAGCACUGGCCACCGUGGACGUGCUCUGAAGUCUGCCACUGCGGAUUGUUCUUGCGGCUUCUCUUCGGACCCAGUCUGCGGCGAAAAUGGCAGAACGUACGACGGCAUGUGCCAAAUCGAUUGCGCCAAAGUCAACGUUGCGUAUGCAGGCAAGUGCGUCGAUCAGACAGCAACUCAUGAUGGGCGGGAGCUCAUGUGGGAGACGACUACCGAAGCGGACUGGGGCUGGGACGACGACGUCGACGAGUUGGACGACCACGACGACAAUUGUUAUGGCGGUGGCGUUUGGAUGGACGGGCAUUGCGAGACCAUGGUCGACGGGUGCGGCAGCCCGACGCUCACCUCGGUCUUCGUGUUGGUGUUGGCGCUGCUGGAGUACCUCGCUUGGGCCUCGGAGGUUCCCAGGGACCUCCAGGGCGGCCUGGGCAUCUUCAACGUCUUGGUCGUGUUCGUGUUCGCACGCACGACCGUCUUCGCGACCAUCGGCGCCUCGUUUCUGUUUGUGCUGCUCCACGCGGGCUUCCACAGCGUCCCCUCCAAGGCCAAGGACAAGGCUUCGCAGGCUCCGCCGCCCCGCCCAGAGCGAGGGCCGCCGCCGCUGUCGCCGACGAGGCCGUCGCCGCCGUCGAGGUCAACGCCGCCGUCGACGUCACCGACGAGGAGGGCGACCCGGAGGCGUGAGCGCGGCGCGCGGCGCGGCCCUUGCUGCGCCGGGCGCUGGGGGGUCUCCAGGCCUGGUCGCGAUGAUCCAGAGCCCGCUUUUUUCAGGACCCCGCUUCCUUCCAUGCCAGUCCGGGUCCACGGGCGCGCGGUGAGCGCGGCAGGGACCUCUGAAUUCGGCGCGCUCGACCUUCGCCUCCUCAUCCGCCGG